UUUGUUAUUUUUUAAAGUAAUUUUAAUAUUAGCAUUACUAAUACUACGUCUAUGACUGAGUUGAGUAUUACUAAUGGGUAAUUCAAUCUAACGUAGAGUAACGUAACGGUUAGGGCGAGGACAGCGUCAUCGCACAGUGUUGUCAAUAAGGCGAAGAUGAGGAGAGGUAGCAGUUGUGAAGAUGUUGAGGCUUUACUAGGAAGUUAUAGAACAAAAACAUUAAAAUGAUGGAAAAAUAACCAUUAGCAGCAAAUACAUAAAUUCUCCAAAAGUUUUAUCCUCGUUUUAUAACUUAUCUAUGUAGCUAAGCUGCUACGUGCGGAAAAUGCCUCCAUCAUCAGGAGAAUUAUGGGGGCAUCAUUUGAUGCCUCCUACCAUUAUUGUAGAUUGUCUACUGCCCACAGGGAUAAUUAUUCCACUGCCUUGUGCUCGUGAUGCUACUUUAGAAACAGUCAAAGCUGACCUUUGGACAGAAGCAAGACAUUACCCUCUCUUCAGUCGUCUUGGUGAUUCUCUAUCGUACAUAUUUGUAUCAAUCACACAAGAUGCAGAACGAGAAGAAUUCUAUGAUGAAACUCGCCGUCUUUGUGAUCUGCGCUUGUUCCAACCUCUUCUUAAGGUUGUGGAGCCAAAAGGAAACAAGGAAGAAAAGAUGCUUAAUUCUGAAAUUGGUCUUGCUAUUGGAAUGCCUGUCCAUGAAUUUGAUGAAAUGAAAGACCCAGAAGUUAUUGAAUUUCGUCGUAACAUCAUCAAUAUGUGCAGGGAAAUCAUUGAAAGUAGAGAUUCUGGAUCAGAAGAUCUACUAGCAAUGUAUGUUCACCCUCCUGAUCUUGAAGGUGUCAGAGAACUUCCAGUUAAUUUGGAUGCAAAGCUUGAUAAAGGGUUACUGAUAGUCUGUGUAUGGGUGCUGUCGUAUGGUGGAGAGAAACAGAAAUACACUGUGAAAGUGCCAAAAGAUGCAUAUCCAGAAAGUAUUACACAGGAAGUCAUCAUGAAGACAUUAAAAUGUACAAAGCUGACUAGAGAAGAGCAAAGGCAACAAGCUCAAGAACACCAGAAAAAGUACUUACUGAAAGUCUGUGGGGUGGAUCAGUAUCUCCUGGGGAGGUAUCCCAUCACCCAGUACAAAAUCUAUGUGAAGACUGGUAUAUUCCAUGGUACUGAGCCGCUCUGUCCAACUCGCGAUACCCAGCAAGUAGUGUAUUCUAACCCAAAGUGGGAUGAAUGGUUGGAGUAUGACAUGUAUAUUCCAGAUAUUCCAUGUAGUGCUCGACUGUGUAUGUCUAUAUGCUCAGUUUCUCGUAGAAAACGGAAAGAGGAGCACUGUGCCUUGGCUUGGGGGAAUAUCAACUUGUUUGAUUUUAAAAAUCGCCUUUUGAGUGAGAGAGUUAGUAUUCACCUUUGGACAAUGCCAAAAGGAAUGGAUGAAUUACUGAAUCCUUUGGGGUCUUCUGGUUCUAAUCCAAAUAAAGACUCACCUUGUUUAGAGAUUGAGUUUGAUAGAUUCAGCAACACGGUGGUGUUUCCUAGUAUGGACCAGGUGGAAGAGUAUGCUAAGUUUGUUUCCAAACUUGACCGAAAUAAUGAUAUCCAGAAAGGAUCGAGUUUUACAAAAGUAUCCGAUUUUGGCACUGAUCUUAUAACUCAAGCUGACCAGGAACAACUAAAAGAUGUCAUACUCAGGGAUCCUCUAUCAGAAAUCUCAGAACAGGAAAAGGAGCUACUUUGGAAACUACGAAAUCAUUGUGCUACAGUACCUGAUUCACUGCCAAAGUUACUAGAUGCCGUUAAAUGGAAUAGUAGAGAUGAAGUUUCUCAGCUGUACGUAUUGUUGGAGGGCUGGUCUCAAGUGUCUCCUGAGACUGCCUUGGAACUACUUGAUUGUAAGUACGCUGACCGAGUUGUUCGUAUGUUUGCUGUUCAAUGGCUGGACAAGUCCUUGAGUGAUGAUUUUCUGUCCCAGUAUUUAUUGCAACUUGUACAGGUGUUGAAGUAUGAACCUUACCUUGAUGGUGAUUUAGCACGUUUCCUCUUAAAGAGAGCUCUAUUAAAUCGGAAGAUUGGACACUUUUUCUUUUGGCAUUUGAAAGCAGAAAUGUACAAUCCUUCAGUUGCUACCAAAUUUGGGUUGUUACUUGAAGCUUACUGUCGAGGUCUCGGAUCUCACCUGAAAACGGUGGUUAAACAGGUAGAAGCUUUGGAAAAGCUGACCAAGCUGACUGACACACUCAAAGAAAAAAAGGAUGACACACAAAAGGAGCGUCUAAAGUUUUUAUAUGAGCAAGUUAAACAAAACGAUUACCUGGAAGCUCUUCAAAAUUUUCCCUCACCUCUUAACAGCAGUAGGAUGUUAGGAAAGCUUAUUGUGGAAGAAUGCAAAAUUCUGGAUUCUGCUAAGAAACCCUUGUGGCUUGUCUGGCAGAAUCCUGACCCCAUGUCGGAAUGCAUGUUCAAGAUUAAUUCCAUUAUCUUUAAGAAUGGUGAUGAUCUGCGUCAGGACAUGUUGACAUUACAGGUCAUUUACAUCAUGGACAGUAUAUGGCAAAAUGAAGGGUUAGAUCUAAGGAUGCUUCCGUAUGCCUGUCUGGCUACCGGGAAACAAGUGGGUAUGAUUGAAGUGGUACGGAAUGCCAAAACAGUAAUGAACAUCCAGAGGAAAGGUGGUCGAAUGGCAGCUUUCCAAGUAGAUUCCACACAACUUCACAAGUGGAUCAAAGAUAAAAACAAAGGAAAUAUGUAUGAACAAGCUAUUGAAACUUUCACAUGUUCCUGUGCUGGAUAUUGUGUAGCCACAUUCAUCUUGGGAAUUGGAGAUCGUAACCCUGACAAUAUCAUGGUUAAUGAAGAUGGACAGAUUUUUCACAUUGAUUUUGGACACUUUCUGGGCCACUUCAAAAAGAAGUUUGGUAUUAACAGAGAGAGAGUACCAUUCGUGUUGACAGAAGACUUUUUAUACGUCAUUGCUAAAGGGGCUGAAAAUCCCAAAAAAAGCAAAGAGUUUCAAGCAUUUCAACAGUUGUGUGGUAAAGCCUAUCUUGUAUUACGUCGUCAUGCCAACCUACUUAUCACACUUUUCACAAUGAUGUUGUCAACAGGAAUCCCAGAACUACAGUCAAUUGAUGACAUUGGUUACUUAAGAAAGACUUUACAGGUUGAGAAGACAGAGGAAGAAGCACUCCAGUAUUUUCAGAACCAGUUCUUUGAGGCUUAUGGUGGUGCUUGGACUACAAAGUUAGACUGGUUUUUCCACAGUGUCAAACACCUGUGACCUCCAACCAGACUUAGUGUUACUUAUUUCAUAAGCUUAAAACAUAAUGUUCAUGUGAUACAUGAAUCAUAACAUUAGACAGCCUUGUUAUCUCUAGGCUUAACAGUUUCCAGAUUUUCAUAAAACCAAGCUUAUGAACUCUUGAUGUUUUUAUUGAGACAAAUCCCCAAUUGGAAUAAAAUGUUUUUAGUUACAAAAAAAAUUAGACUUGUACAGCUUCAGCUACUAGAUGAUAUAUAUAUAAACAGAUUCAGCUGCUAGAUUAUGUAUAAUAUACAUAUAUAUAUAUAUAGCUUCAGCUGCUAGAUGAUAUAUA